AUGAAAAUAGAUGGCGAGUGCCUGAUCGAAUUGAUCGGGUCAUGUAGGAACAAGGUUCAAGUCUACCGGUCUGUUAGGAUGCCUCAGCUGCAUACAUCACUGCACUUCCACUUGACACCUAUCGUAAUGAUAAACGGCUCGUCUCGCCGUGACCUUCUCUUGAAUUCUCAAAACUUCUGUCGCUCCACCCCCGCAGGGGCAGAAAACCCAUCGCUGUCUUGGCUGUGCUACCGGAGGCUCUGGGGAAGUCGGAAUGGGCCAUUAUAUUGGGCAUAA